AUGAUGAACACGUCCAACUCACAGCAGCAGCAGCAGCAGCAGCAACAAGAAUGGAUAUAUAACCAACAAAACAUUUCCCAAGCAUAUUCGGGGAAUCCUCCGCCCCCGCCUCAAUUACCCCAACAGUCGUUAGGAAAUUACCAAAACAUUUCUGGUAACCCAACGCCUAAUAAUAGCAAUCAUAGCAAUGCUAAUACUAACUUUUACUAUACUAAUCAUCAUCAUCAAAUACCACCACCACCACCACCUCUUCCUCCUCCUCCUCCUCCUCCUCCCCCACAACAAACAUCACCUAAUGCUGAUUUUCAUUAUCGGCAGUCUUCUUCUUCUUCUUCUUUAACUAAUAAUAAUACUUUAACUACUAAUACAGCUUUUGUUUCUUCUUCUAAUUCUUCUACUAAUACUUCUUCUGUACCUCAAAUGGCAUUACAACAGCAACCUUUUAAUGUACAACAACAAAACUUACAGCAUCACCAACAUCCACAACUGCAUUCUAAUCUUGCAUCCAAUAAAAUUCAAGAAAAUACUUCAACACGAUUCACGGCUAAAGACACCAGUAUUAAUAGUGUUCCCAACGACAAUACCAACCUCAAUAUGACUUCUGCUACAUUUCCUGCUUCAAACACAAAUACAAAUACAAACACAAAUACAAAUACAAAUACAAAUACAAACACAAAUACAAAUACAAAUACAAAUACAAAUAACUGUUACCAACAGUCUCCCCUUGUAGAAAAUAAUACUGACAUUGCUGAAAAGGAGAGCCCUUAUAGUAACAACGCCACUCAUGAUUCAGGUAAUCAAAUGAAAAAUACACCGAUAUAUAACAAUCCUAAUAAUAAUAAAAAUUUCCUUAACAACGGUGGAAUUCUUAGCACUAAUGAAAAUAGUAACAAUAUAGGCUCAAGGCCAGCAGAGAUAGUUGGUGUCAAAUUUAAUACGGGUGCUAUUGUAUCAGAUGCGAUGGCUAAAAACUCAAGGCAACUUUUAUAUGCUCACAUAUAUAAUUACUUGAUACAUAAUGGAUAUUUUGAAACUGCUAGGAUUUUUUUAAGAGAAGCAGAAAUUCCAAUAUCAAAAGAAUCACCUAAUGUUCAUUUAAAUCCAGCUGAAUUAUUGCACGCUAAGAUGUUGAUGAAUUCGCCAGAAACUUUUCUAUAUGAAUGGUGGGAAUCUUUAUGGAAUUUAAAUAAUUUUUUGCAGGAGCAACCUUUGGAAUUGAUUAAUAAUAUGAGACCAUUUACAGAUCGCAUUACUCCUAUAUUGCCUAUGCAUAAUCAACAGCAACAACAACAACAACAACAACAACAACAACAACAAAAUCAACAGCAGCAGCACUUACAGCAACAAUAUCAAAAACAAGGUAAUGCUAACGUAACCAAUGUACGUGGGCCCAAUAUUAUCAGUAACACCAGCAAUUCUGUUUCCAAUACACCGCCUGUAAAUUCCGUAUUUGCAGCAAAUGUUAAUUCAAACACCGGUAGUAACAUUACCAAUUCUGUCGGUAUGAAUAUUGCAUCUCCAUCUGUAGCAUUAACACCCAGCUCCUCUAAUACAAAUAUUAUGACACAACCAUCCAACACAGCAACGAUUCCUACACAUUCUGGAUCUCAGCAGCAUUCUUUUUCAGGUCCUUCUACUCAUAAUACACCUAGUGUGGGACAUACCCCUGGGACUUAUACCGUCAACAAUAAUGUUAUGGCACCACCAAAAAUACAGCAAUCACAACUUACUCCGCGACAAAGAACAGCAAAAUUUAAUAAAAACAAUGCUGCAUCUUCCAUCCCCAGUGGCACAUUUAAUAAUAAUAAUAAAAAAGAUUAUGUAGUACACCAAUCGACUACUACUACUAAUAAUAAUAAUAAUAGUAAUAAUAUAAAUUUUUCAGAAGUUAUGGUUAAAAAUGAGCUAAUAAUGGAUAAUAGAUCCCCUGGCAAUAAUAGUGGCAAUAAUAGUAGCAAUAACACACCACAUAUGGUUUCAAAACAAAGUUUAUCAUAUGUUCCUGAUACUGUUCCCAAUUCAGUCAGUGCAAGUGCAAAUAAUAGUACAGGUAACACACCUGCAAAUAAUAUCAACAAUAUAAAUCCCAGGAGGACCUCCUUAAAUGUGAGUAAUCAAAAGAGACAUUCAAUUAAUUUAAAUGAAAGCGAUAUUAUAAACACAAAGGGUAACUUUGAUGCGGCCAUCUCUACAUUUGCUACUACUACAAAUAACAGCAAUAAUAAUAAUGACCAUUAUAAUGGUAGUAACAUCACAUCUUCCACUUCCACGCCAUUGGCUGUUACUGAUACUGCUUGUUCAAAGGAUUGGAAUACGACAACUUUUGACCGGAGACAAAAAGUAAUAAGAGCGCAACAACAAUAUCAACAACUUUUAUUGCAAGAAAAAUCUAAACAUUUGCAAUAUCAUUCUAAACCGGAGCAGGAACAGGAGCAGAUGGAUAACUUUACCCCGCAGCAAAUGGAACAUUCUCCACAUAGCACCAUGCUGUAUGGUCUGAACGAUGGCACUAAAAAUAUUAUUGGUUCACAAAUGAACAUACAGCAAGUGAAGAAACUUAAUAAUUCCAGUAACGGUGAUAGUCCAAUGGCGAUAAAUUUUGAUUUUGAGGGUGAAGAAAGUAAUUCUAAUAACAAGAAUAGCUUGAAUUCUAAAGUCAAUAAAUAUAAGCACAAUGGUAGCGCUAACAACAAGAAUAAAAUUAACAAACCUGGCUUCAAAAUAGCUUUAAAUAAUAAUAAUAAUAAUAAUAUGAAAUUUAACAACAAAGGUAUAACAAGUGGUAUGAUUGACAACACAAUAUCUAAGAAUGACAGCAAUGCCAGUUCUAAUAAUGUAUCAGUGACUUCUAGUUUACCUGGCCACAAUGCUGCAGGUCCUGAUGAUCUAUUAAAUUAUAAUAUUCAUAAUAAUAUUGCUGACAACAACAGCAAUGGUACCGAUGAUGUUGACGUCGUAUCGAGUGUACUAAAUGCUACUGUUACUAAUAACAGUGAUACUAAAUCUGAUGGAGCUUUCCAUAAUAAUAAUAUUAACAGGAACAAUAGUAAUUCGGCUGAAUUAUUUGACAUUAAUGGAUUUGGCGCAGAUUUCAUUAUGGGAGGUUGGAAGUGA